AUGGACCCCAGCAAGCGCUAUCAGGUGCGGCCCAGCAGCGCCAAGUACGACGCGCGGCCCGGCAUCAAGUGGUCCGACAGCCUCUGGGGCUUCCGCGUCAUCGUCGCCGUCAUUAUCGGCCUCGCUGUAGCGGGAUUCGCUUUCGUCCUGCCCGGUUUGGCGAGCCCGACUCUGCAGGCGGUGCUGUACGCGGUAGUGAGUGCUGCGGUGUUCCUGGCGCUGCUCUUCCUUUUCCUCGUGCAACACGUCGACCCUGGGAUCAUCCCGCCUUCUGAGAUUAAAGACCCCGAGGUGGUGGCAGCAGAGAGGGGCCAGAUCUCCCCGGACCUUGUCAUUGACUCGCACGGCCAGUGGGCACGCCGCCGCUUGCUGCUGGACGGGCGGUCGGAGAUCACCCAGCGAUACUGCAGCACGUGCAACGUGUGGCGGCAACCCAGGACCAGCCACUGCUCCCGAUGUGGCUUCUGCAUGGAGCGGUUCGACCACCACUGCGGGGCGGUGGGCACAUGUGUUGCUCGCAAGAACCACCGCUUCUUCACUGGCUUCCUCUUUUCCGCUUCCCUGGCAUCAGGCCUGCUCCUCUAUGCGACAAUUCUGCGACUCAAGGCGGAGGACUGGGAUAAGGGUCUAAUCGAGCAGGAGGUGCAUGUGCCCUUCCUCAUGCUGCUCGCCCUCGCCUACUUUUCCCCUCCCCAAAUCCCCCUGUCUCCAUUGCCACCCCCUGUCCCCCACAUCCCACCUCCCCCUCCCACCUCCUGUCCUCUCAUUGUCUCCCCCUGUCCCCUCCCCUCCUCUCCCUGUGUCUUUGUUCCCACCUCCCCCACAUCCCACCUCCCCCACAUCCCACCUCCCCCUCCCCAGGGGCCUAAGCGAGCAGGAGGUGUAUGUGUUCUUCCUCAUGCUGCUCGCCCUCGUUCCUCCCCUUCUACUGAUUGUACUCCCAACCUCCCUCACCUCCCCCACACCAGGGGACUGAGCGAGCAGGAGGUGUAUGUGUUCUUCCUCAUGCUGCUCGCCCUCGUUCCUCUGCUUCUACUGAUUUCACCUCUUAAGUCACCUCUUAAGUCACCUCUUAAGUCACCUCUUAAGUCACCUCUUAAGUCACCUCUUAAGUCACCUCUUAAGUCACCUCUUAAGUCACCUCUUAAGUCACCUCUUAAGUCACCUCUUAAGUCACCUCUUAAGUCACCUCUUAAGUCACCUCUUAAGUCACCUCUUAAGUCACCUCUUAAGUCACCUCUUAAGUCACCUCUUAAGUCACCUCUUAAGUCACCUCUUAAGUCACCUCUUAAGUCACCUCUUAAGUCACCUCUUAAGUCACCUCUUAAGUCACCUCUUAAGUCACCUCUUAAGUCACCUCUUAAGUCACCUCUUAAGUCACCUCUUAAGUCACCUCUUAAGUCACCUCUUAAGUCACCUCUUAAGUCACCUCUUAAGUCACCUCUUAAGUCACCUCUUAAGUCACCUCUUAAGUCACCUCUUAAGUCACCUCUUAAGUCACCUCUUAAGUCACCUCUUAAGUCACCUCUUAAGUCACCUCUUAAGUCACCUCUUAAGUCACCUCUUAAGUCACCUCUUAAGUCACCUCUUAAGUCACCUCUUAAGUCACCUCUUAAGUCACCUCUUAAGUCACCUCUUAAGUCACCUCUUAAGUCACCUCUUAAGUCACCUCUUAAGUCACCUCUUAAGUCACCUCUUAAGUCACCUCUUAAGUCACCUCUUAAGUCACCUCUUAAGUCACCUCUUAAGUCACCUCUUAAGUCACCUCUUAAGUCACCUCUUAAGUCACCUCUUAAGUCACCUCUUAAGUCACCUCUUAAGUCACCUCUUAAGUCACCUCUUAAGUCACCUCUUAAGUCACCUCUUAAGUCACCUCUUAAGUCACCUCUUAAGUCACCUCUUAAGUCACCUCUUAAGUCACCUCUUAAGUCACCUCUUAAGUCACCUCUUAAGUCACCUCUUAAGUCACCUCUUAAGUCACCUCUUAAGUCACCUCUUAAGUCACCUCUUAAGUCACCUCUUAAGUCACCUCUUAAGUCACCUCUUAAGUCACCUCUUAAGUCACCUCUUAAGUCACCUCUUAAGUCACCUCUUAAGUCACCUCUUAAGUCACCUCUUAAGUCACCUCUUAAGUCACCUCUUAAGUCACCUCUUAAGUCACCUCUUAAGUCACCUCUUAAGUCACCUCUUAAGUCACCUCUUAAGUCACCUCUUAAGUCACCUCUUAAGUCACCUCUUAAGUCACCUCUUAAGUCACCUCUUAAGUCACCUCUUAAGUCACCUCUUAAGUCACCUCUUAAGUCACCUCUUAAGUCACCUCUUAAGUCACCUCUUAAGUCACCUCUUAAGUCACCUCUUAAGUCACCUCUUAAGUCACCUCUUAAGUCACCUCUUAAGUCACCUCUUAAGUCACCUCUUAAGUCACCUCUUAAGUCACCUCUUAAGUCACCUCUUAAGUCACCUCUUAAGUCACCUCUUAAGUCACCUCUUAAGUCACCUCUUAAGUCACCUCUUAAGUCACCUCUUAAGUCACCUCUUAAGUCACCUCUUAAGUCACCUCUUAAGUCACCUCUUAAGUCACCUCUUAAGUCACCUCUUAAGUCACCUCUUAAGUCACCUCUUAAGUCACCUCUUAAGUCACCUCUUAAGUCACCUCUUAAGUCACCUCUUAAGUCACCUCUUAAGUCACCUCUUAAGUCACCUCUUAAGUCACCUCUUAAGUCACCUCUUAAGUCACCUCUUAAGUCACCUCUUAAGUCACCUCUUAAGUCACCUCUUAAGUCACCUCUUAAGUCACCUCUUAAGUCACCUCUUAAGUCACCUCUUAAGUCACCUCUUAAGUCACCUCUUAAGUCACCUCUUAAGUCACCUCUUAAGUCACCUCUUAAGUCACCUCUUAAGUCACCUCUUAAGUCACCUCUUAAGUCACCUCUUAAGUCACCUCUUAAGUCACCUCUUAAGUCACCUCUUAAGUCACCUCUUAAGUCACCUCUUAAGUCACCUCUGAAGUCACCUCGCCUCCCUGACUGCACCACCAAGUAG